GGGGGCUCCCCGCAGCGGGCGGACGGGUGGGCAGCCGCGGGUCGGGUUUUACGCUGCCGCGAUGGGGAAUACUGUGGCUAGAGAGGAUUUCGAGUGGGUCUACACAGACCAGCCMCACGCCGACCGCCGCAAGGAGAUCCUGGCUAAACAUCCAGAGAUAAAAGCAUUGAUGAAGCCAGACUAUAACCUGAUCUGGGUAGUUGUGCUGAUGGUUCUGGCACAGUUGACUGCAUUCUAUCUGGUUAAAGACUUGGAUUGGAAAUGGGUGGUCUUCUGGUCUUAUGUUUUUGGAAGCUGUAUUAGCCACUCCAUGACUCUGGCUAUUCAUGAGAUCUCCCACAAUAGUGCCUUUGGCAACAGCAAAGCCAUGUGGAAUCGAUGGUUUGGAAUAUUUGCCAACCUCCCUCUUGGUCUCCCCUACUCCAUAUCCUUCAAGAGAUACCACAUGGAUCAUCAUCGUUAUUUAGGUGGUGACGGAAUYGAUGUGGAUAUUCCUACCAACUUCGAAGGCUGGUUUUUCUGCACCCCUUUUAGGAAGUUCAUAUGGAUUGUUCUUCAGCCUUUUUUCUAUGCCAUUAGACCUCUCUGCAUCAAUCCUAAACCCAUUACUCGACUUGAAAUAAUCAAUUUGUUGGCUCAGCUUGCAUUUGAUGUCGUGAUAUAUUAUUUAUGGGGAGUCAAAUCUAUUUUUUACAUGCUUGCUGGUUCAGUACUUGGUCUUGGGUUGCAUCCAAUUUCGGGACACUUCAUAGCUGAACAUUACAUGUUUUUAAAAGGACAUGAGACCUAUUCCUACUAUGGGCCACUUAAUUUGCUCACUUUUAAUGUUGGCUAUCACAAUGAACAUCAUGACUUCCCCAAUAUUCCUGGCAAGAGUCUUCCACUGGUGAAGAAAAUAGCAGCUGAAUAYUAUGACAACCUGCCCCAAUAUAACUCUUGGAUAAAAGUACUAUAUGACUUCGUGAUGGAUGACACAAUCAGCCCAUAUUCGCGCAUGAAAAGGCAAUUAAAGGGUGAAGUGAAGCAAGAUUAAACUUCUGGCAACCAAAAAACUUUUAAAUGUCUGCUUGCUUUAAAGUGGCUGGUAUAAAGGUCUCCUGCUAAAGCUCUUCACCUGUGUCCUGAAUUAAGAUGUACAGGAACAAAGCAAUGCAUCCUUAAGGAUUUUGUAGCAGACUCCUACCAGCUAUAACAUUCCUCACAGUCCUCAGAUUUAUUGGUUUAAUGUGUCUUUGUUUGCCUAAGGAUCAGUGUUAUAUGCAUAAUGCAAAAUCACUUUGUUACAGAAUUUACUUUGGUAGGUAUUAAAUUUAUAUUAAAUGUCUGUCUGACUCAUAAUACUUUAAAAGUUCUCAAGGUAGUAUACUGCCCUCAACAUGCUAUUUAGAUGACUAGUUUUAAAUGCUGUACUUACCUGUUAAUUCUAAACUAACAUGAUUUGUUAACUUAAACAUUCUGUUGAAAAUGUUUCUAAACUGAUGGUUGGAAGAACUAAAUUUGCACAGAAAUGUUGUCUGCUUUUGUUUAAAUAUGUAAUGUGUCAUUUCAAGCAUUGCUUUAAAGUUCUACCUUUUCUAUUGGAAGUACCUUAAAGGAGCAAUCUAUCAGAAUGAAACUGAUAUCUUCGAGGUGGCUUCUGUGACUUCUUUGUGAAAAAGAAAAAAAAAAAAGGUGGGAAUUCAAGGGUAUUGCCAACUCCAAGUGUCCCUCACACCUACUGCCUGAGCUGCUUCUUUUGGCAUGUAGUGUGAGCAGGUGGCAUUUGGGUAACUUAUUAUAACUGAUAAAGGUUUUCUGAUCUACAAAGAAAAGUUAUUACCAUGUUACUAUGAUUUUAAAUAYAAAUAUUUACACUCAUUUGGAAAUUUGGCUUUUAUGGACAGCUUAACAGAUUGAAAGAGAUACUGUUCUGGCAAACAAAUCUAGCUACAGCCACUGACCAUUCUACCUAUUAGGUGGAUCAGUCAUUUGUGUACACAGAAAGGUGGUGUUAAAAAAUCGUGUUUGUUUUUUUCCCCCUAAACCCACAGUACCCUCCAUAAAUACUUGUCUUUCUUACAUAUUAAAAUGUGGUGAGAGGUGGUGAUAUCAAACGUUCUGCUUAGGAGAUUUUUCAUUGGGAACAGAUAGGCUUGCUGGACAGUGAAGAACCCUUCCAUAMCUCAGCACAGUAGAUUUGCCUGCUACCCUCUAAUGCAUUGAUGAUGGCUUUAAGAAGUCAAAACUGGCUACAAAAUCACCCUGAAAUCUCAAAUGGUUUUUCUGUGGUUAAACGAAUCUGAAGAAGGUGUAAGUUUUAGCUCUUGUAACUUAGUUUUAGAUGCCUUCAGCUCCUGCAUUUUGGGGUGGUGGUUGUUUGUUUGUUUUGGGUGUUGGGAUUUGUUUGUUUUGAAAAGGUGAGCCCCUGAAAAGAAUGUAUUGGUACUUCUUAACUCGGUCGCAAUUGUGGUGCUGUUUUAAUGGGUGUUUUGUUUAAGGGUGGGCCCUUAUCUCUGGCAAAGCAAUAGAACUGGUAUGAAAGUCUGCCAGCCACCUACAAAGUGACUUCAUUAUGCCAGAAACCUGCAAGGUAGCCAGCGUGUUGCUCAGGGUAGAGAGUUAUGCCAAAAUACACUUUGUCCAGUAUUUUUACAGGUAAUUAAAAAGCAAAGAUURAAGUAAUAUUGGGUGAAAUUUUGAUUGGUCCCCUUAUGCUGAAGGACUUAGAGAAAUUCGGGAUUUCUAAAGCAGCUUCCAGACAUGUUCUAUUGAGUGAUGGUAUAGAUGACCUGUAAAGAAUCACUGCCUUUCCCCUAUAUUCAAAGGAAAACUGACUUGGAUUGAAAUACUUGUAAAGGCAUWGGAAGUUGCAAUCUGGUUUCUUUUUAAGCCACUUAAUUAAUUUCGCCCUUUGUUUCUUUCAUUAUCUUUGGUGUUGAUUUAUCAUAGCUGGWUGAAGGAUGGAAAGUGUCUAUGAAGUUUUAUGGCUAAGAGUUAAAGAAAUUCAGUUAUCCUGCAAGAAUAYGUAAAAAUUUUAUAGUCUUAGUUACCCACUUCAUGGAAUUCCUGCUUUUAAACAGGGCUGAAGUUGCUAUCUCUCGUUUAAAAUUGCAAGUGUUGCUUUAAAAUGUUCUGACUAUGAAUAUCCCUUCCAACUCCAUUUAUAAAUAUAUUAUUUUCACUUCAAGAGGUACUGAAUAGGGAGGAAUUUUGAGGGAGACAUAUUGUUAUAAUCUUUCUGAAACAUCUGCUACUUGCUACCUAUUGGAGAACAAUUUACUCUAUUAGGUUAAUCUGAGAUAGUGAGACUUAAGUUUGGAUCUAAACAACGGUCUGAAUCUGGCAAGCAUUGGUAGCUACYCUCCUUAGUCAUAUAAUUCUGUGUAAUGCAUAAAAAGCCCUAGCAGCUAACUUCAAUAGUAAGGGUAGCUAAAUUCAAUAGUAAGGAUUUUGCCAAAAGCACGUGAUCUGAAAGGUAACCAGCAUAGUUUCAUCCCUGAAAAACAAUUAGAYGAUUUCUGAACCACUGGUAGAAGUAAUUAGGAUUAGCUAGUCUACUUGACUUGUUUGAUAUAUUCUGAAUGAACARUGAAUUUUAAGUAUGAUUGGAGAAAGCAUAGUGUUUACUUCAAAGGCAUGACCCUAUUUCUUUCACAAAGAAAUACAAAACAAUAACAUUUUUUUAAUACAUAUGAACCAUACAGUUAUUGUUUUGUGGAAUUAAAUAGUUUUUAUUAUGUUUCAUAAAACAUAUUUGGCAGAAACAGUUUAGUGUAAUUUUGAGACACUUUAUGUGAAAGUUGCAGGGAGCUUUGACUAACUGGUGAAAACAAAUUAAACCUAAAGAGCAUCACAAACCCUGACAGUUAACCCAGUUGUUUGAUCCUUAUUCUGUUCAGAUGGAAUGAGUCAACUUUGGUGUUUCUACAUGUCUAUUAGGCUUUGGAAGAAAUCUCCUUAUAUGAAAUCAGUCAGGAGGCUUAACUGUCACCCAAGUAUUUUUGCUGCAGUUGAAUUGUGCAGAGCUCUGAAUCCCCUUCAGGGCUUUUAGAAUAGUUUCCAGGUUUCAGAAUAAACUUCCUUGCACGGCUUUUUAACAUUCCCUGCCCCCAAUUAUUUGGAGCUGCUUAAGUGGAAUAAAUAAUGCAUCCUGGAAUGAUUGUACUAGGCAUUAGUUUUCCCACAGGACAAGCGUGGGUCUACUYCUCUUUCAGAACAACCCUUGCCUCUGGCAUUCCUGAUUUGCUGUUGAACCUGUCUGCUUCCCAACAUUAAUGUGUUAAAUGGGUGCAUCUGUCUGGUUACAGAGCUCUGAGCUUUCAGAUCCAGGGCAGGACUUCCUCCCUGGAACCAGAGGUCAAUUGAAAYGUAGUUCAGACUUUCAGUUGUGUGUCUCAGAAUUCCUCUGGUGGAGUCAUUAAAUGAGCUGGUGAGCACAUAARGCAAAGGCCUCCAGUUGUUGAGACAUGUUCACAACAAGUGGACCCUGUUAGWUGGUGAGGUGAGUGGCUCACCUCUGCCUCCCUGACAUUUAUUCCUUGGAUCAGAUGAAGUGACAUGCCACAGCAGAGCUUCAAGCCGUUCAUUCCACAUUUAAUGGUGAGGUUCAACAGCUGAUAACAKCAGUGCUACAGACUGCAAGCUGCCAUACUCCUGUUGGACUGAGAGAAGGAAAGUGACUUUGAAGCAGCAACCUUGUGUAAGUAGUUUGGCACAGCUUUUUGAAACUGUUCUCUGUAAUUUUGAAGUCCCCAAAGACAGCAAAACAAGUUCUGUUGUUUUAGCUUGCACAUUGCAAGGCACAGGAGCACUUCUGGGUCGGCCAGCAUUGCUUCUGCGAGGCCCUAGGAAAACAAUCUGAUAAAUAGGUGUGUCUGAAUCAUGUGCAUCUGCCUUUAGCACAACAACCUGCAACUCCACACAAUUAUCUCUUCUCUAGCAAAUCUUCUAUUUCACAAUCGAGUCUGCAUUGAAACGAGACUUUAGUUGGGAUGAAGGUGAAAAUAGUUUCCUAUUGAGCCMAGAAUGAAGACAACAUUUUCCUUUUCUCCUGUUGAUAGUCCCCUGCACUGCCCCUGCCCCCUAUCCAUGCUUAAGUUAGCAUCUACUCUGCUCUGAGACAGGAUCAUUAUUGUGGUUAGAUAUGUUGCUAGCCUCAGGAAAAGGGAGAGGAGAAYGGCAUGAUGAACAAUUUCUUGAUCUUGUCACAACAGAAACAAGAUGACUGGAGGCAAAACCUUGAGGAAUGUCUGCUAGGAGGGGCAGUAGCUGCAUAUGCAGACAAAAUAUUUGUCUCURUUGCAUGAAAAGGCUCGUUCCUUAAAGCAGUUCCCAUUUUCUGUGUACAAAGGAUUUCUUCUGUACAAAGGAUCACUGUUUAUUUAGUGAURUAUACUAUAGCCUAAGCAGAAUUUCCCACAAGGAGCAGUAUGGGUGUAACASUCGUGUGUGAGCAGGCAAAUGCAAUUCAGCUGCCUACCCUUGCCUCCUCCUUGCUGCACAUGGAGACCAGACAAGGUAAGCAAACAGGAUAUGGACACUUGGCUGACGCGACUUUUUCUUUUUCCUUACACCUUAACUUCAGAUUUUCUUGGGAAUUCAAACCCUCCCACACCCCACUUUCUAUUCCAUUAUGACCUGUUACGAAGAAUGAUUAUGAGACUUGGAAUAAUAACCAUGCUUUAUGUUGGCACUCUUGACAAGACCAGAUUGCUAUUACUACUACUUAAUAGCAUUUCCUCCCUUAUCUUGCCUUGCAAGUCCUACUCUGCUUUCUUGCUCAAUGCAUACACAGGAAUAAUGCCAUCCUAAGAGGAAAGGAAAAUUCUUUGGUGAAGAUGCCAAGGCUUGUGGACUUCACUCCUUCUUAAACUCAUCAUCUGCAGCUAUCCUCAAGCAAGCAUCUUCUCUAUAUAUCCWUAAAGGAGAAAUCACUGAUUCAUUUCAUUGGUGUACUCAGGUAAAUUGACUGUAUUAUUACUGUUGUAAUUAAUAUUGUUGUUGUACUGAUGUAGUAUUAUGAUCUAAGACUGAGAGAACUGUGUUUGUGCAGCCUUGAGAAAAUCAAGCUUAGGGAGAGAACUUAUCACCAUGUUCCAGGGGUGGUUACAAAGAAGAUGGAGAUUCUCUUUUAACAAGAGUGAUGUGAAAAGGAGGAGGAGUAAGGAAUGCAAGUCACUCCUGGGGUGCUUCCCAUUGGAAAGGGGGAAAACUAUUGCACUAACUGAUUGUUGUYAUUGUGAAUAAACUCCCCAGGAAGUGGUGGAUUCCCCAAUGUCAGACACCUAUAAGAUUCAGCUGGACAGGGUGCUGUGCYAUCUUGUCUAGAUUGUGCUGAACCAGAUGAUCAUUAAAGUUUCCUUCCAACAUGA